UUUGACGGAACAGCUGUUGCAGAAACGUCUCGGGUUCUCGCUGUUGUUUUUAACGUUUUCGUCGCGGAAAAAUGAGCGAAAAUAUUGUUUUAUCAGUGUAAACAACGUUAAUGUGAUGUGUGUUCUUAGUUUUUAUAUUAAAGUGAUCCAGAUUGUCAAUUUCGGAAUGAGUUUUCGAUGAUCGUGUAGCGAUGGCUUGUGGAAUGCAGUACGAAGACAAUGACCUUCUCACGGAAGAAACUGACUUCCAAGCGAAGUGGAGCAGGUUUUCCGACUGGCUGCAUUGUAUUUGUGUCGUCACGUUCGACCUGGAACUCGGGCAGGCGAUGGAAAGCGUGUACCCGCCUGACGUAAAGUUGACCGACCAAGAGAAGUGUAAUAUCUGCUAUUUAGCGUUCCCGGAUUCUAAUUCAGGAUGUAUGGGAGACACCCAGUUCCAUGUGCGGCUUCGUUCGCGAACUCUUCUCACCAAACAACAAUUGAGUUACAACGAAGACAGUGUACCUACCCUACGCGCGGACUCCACACAUUACUGGGGUUUUGUGUACUUCAGACAGGUUAAAGACCCUUCCCUACCCCGUGGAUAUUUCCAGAAAAGCAUUAUUCUGCUAACAAGACUGCCUUUUAUCAACUUAUUUUAUAAAGUAAUUCAGUUAAUUGCACCAAAGCAUUUUGAGGAAGGUGAGAGAAGUUUAGAGGCUGCAUGCCAUGAUAUUAACAGAUGGCCGGUCUUGGGUGCCGGCCAAAAUGUACUACUGCCUGUUUUGGGCACAGUUUUCCAGUCGUACAUUCCAAAUCAACAGACUGGUAAGAUAACUCGCUCAGAUAUAGCUAAACAGGUGCAUUCUCCAAAUGUACCUCAUAUACUGGCCUCAAUACAAGAUGUUAAUGUGUUUGAUGCUUUAUCUAGUUUAAUAUCACACCUGCAUCUACUAUGGGAGCUAGUAUUGACAGCUGAACCUAUAGUUGUCAUGGCUAGUUCACCUACAGAAUGCUCUGCUCUGGUCCAAGCUUUGACAUACUUAAUUCAACCACUCCCUUAUUCAGCAGAGUACAGGCCAUAUUUCACAAUCCAUGAUAGUGAAUUCAAAGAGUUCACUAGAAAGCAGUACAAUCCACCUUGUGUAAUCCUUGGUGUUACAAAUCCAUUCUUUACAAAAACAUUACAACAUUGGCCCCAUACUAUAAAGCUAGGAGAUUCUUCGUCAAUUAAAACUAAACUGAGGAAGGUUGGAAAUACCAAACUGUUGGAUACAGCUCCAGGAGUGUACACUCAAUACAAACCAUUUUUAGAAAAAGAUAAAACUAUUAUAAAAAAGCUUCACAAUGGAAUUAGGACUGAUCGGCCAUCUGAAGUCCAAACUGCAAUGGUGAAGCGCCACCUGCUUGAACUGACACAAAGCUUUAUGAUUCCGCUGGAGAGAUACAUGGCUUCAUUGAUGCCUUUGCAGAAGAACAUUUCGCCCUUUAGAGCACCUCCUGUACCUAAUCCAUUCAACCCUGAAGAUUUCUUUGCAACACUGCAGCAAGCAGGCCCUCACUUGACAACUGGUAUUAAAGGAGACUGGAUAGGAUUGUACAGAAACUUCUUUAGAACACCAAAUUUCAGUGCUUGGUUUCACCAAAGGCACAGCAACUUGACAAAUAAGCUUCAUGCAUUACAACUUGAGGCUCUUGCUGAGAGUGAUUUGAAGAAAUGGUCUAUUGGGAAGAAAGAGGUGGAAAUUGUUGAUAUGGUCCUCAAAUUGCGGGAAGUUUUGAAGAGCAAUCCUCCUGUGGCGGAUAAUACUCGGACGCUGCUAGCUAGGAGGCUAGAAGACUUGAACUGUGUGUUGCCAGAGGACAUGAAGUCCAUAUUAAAUGCUGCCACAUGACAUAAAGAUGGCUGCGCCUCGGGACUGAGAGGAUGCAGCAAUGACUGCAAAAUUCAGUUAAAAUAUAACUGUACAUCUAUCACUUGUGUGUAAAUUAAUUUGCCCACAUUUGGACAUUGUAAAUAACUCAAUUAGCUAGUUUUUCAUAGUUACUCAGCCUAAGUUCUAUUAGAGUUACUGUUACGGCAUCAUUUUAUUGUUUUCUGUUGAAAAGGAAAUUUUCCACUUGUGCAUUGUCUUUUAUCUAUUACAUAAGUUGUGAUAGUGUGAAAUUCAUGGCCUCCAAAGAUAAAUUCAUUGAAUAGAAAUUUACUUAUUUAAAGGAAUUCAAAAAUUCUCUUAAAUACCUACACAUCCUGUAACCUGACAGAGGGCAGCAGUAAACUGUCUGUACUAUUCAGAGGCCUCCGCCUCUGAAUAACGGAGGAUGGGUGUUCUAGUACGGCUUUGAAAUAGACUACUCCAGGCGCCAUCCCACUUGCAUCAGACAGAGUACUGCGGGGCGGAAGGCAAGAGGGAAGCCACUGCUUUAGUUUUCCUUAAAAAAGUAGCUUGGAGAAUACUACACCAACAAGAGUGUGGCUCUUAAAUUAGUGAUGUGGAUGACCUGCACAUCAAUCAAUAUAUCGGGCUAUUUUUAAUAUUAUAAUCCUUUAGUUUCAUUUAUGUUAUCUUACAGGCAAUUUCAAAUGUAUUUGCUUUAACAUACUUUGAACUGUACUUUAUCUUAUCUGUAACAUAUUAUUAUGCCAUUCAAAAUAACUACUGUUAACAGAGUUCAUUAUCAUGCUAAUACUUGUAUAUUUGGCCACAUGUUGAAACCAAUUAUGAAAGUAACCAUAACUAAUUAUUCAAUGUACAAUAUUCUGUUUGUAAUGGAGCAUAAUAUUUCAAUUUAAAAUGUUAUUAUAGUCAAGGUUAUUUUUUUAAACUAAAAGUGUAAUUAUCAGGGAGACUAAAGAGGUCAAGAUUGGAUGUAUAUGCCAUAAAAGUAGAUUUACUGGUGAGAUUUUGGGACAAACUUCUGAAUAGCUUUCUAUUAAUAUCAGAAGAAAAUUACUAUGAGCAACUAUCUCUUUAUCCAUAUGCAAACUUAAGUUACAAGAAGAAAUAUUUGGGUGAAUUAUUUUCAUUCAUAUAAUAUUAGAAUUCAAUAAAAAAAUGUAUACACCUGUUUUUUAAUUUUAUUUUAAGUUGUACCCAUCAUUUUCUUAUCCGCCGAAAAGGAAAGGGACGCAUGAUUGACAACUGUUAAUUUUAAAAUAAAUGAAUAACCAAGGCAAAUAAAAUAGGCAUCUCAUUCUGCCAGGUUAUUGGCCAACAUUAUAAUUUUGGGAGGGUUUUUUUUAAAUUCCUGCCUAAAAUUAAUGUGUGUUCCAUAAAUUUUAUGCCCGUCGAUUACCCGUCCCUUGCCUUUUCAGCGAAUAAGAUAAUGACAGGUAUAACUCAAAAUAAAAUUAGAUGGUGUCUACAGGAAUCAGCACCAACAGUAUUUAUUCUUAAUAUUAAUAGCUUGACAGACACAGGAAGCCACAAACUUCCUCAAAAUGUGGGUAGAUAAAAGCCAGACUCAGCAGUAAAUCUCAACAAUUUCCUGCUUAUUCCUUUAAUAUCGGUUUGUUGUAUUUAGAUGUAUAUAAUACUAUAGGUAUUUUACUACAGACAUUUUAUUGCAUACUGACUUCAAGUAGGAAGUUAACAUCCUUCAGAGAUAUUUUAGAUAGGAAUGAAAUCUAUAAUAAUUAUGGUAUUACAUGUUAUCCAGGCUUAAAAAUAUGUAACAAAUAUUACGUAAUGGUUUGAUGGUCUAAACAAAUGGUAUUAUGUGAAAAUGUUGCAUGCCAAUGAUAAUUUUCUGAAAUGACGUCAUGUUUAUUCAGCAUGUAUUGUUGAGACAAAGUGGCGCCUACUAGUGGCGGAAUUAAUUUUCGUGAAAACCCUGUUCAUCUGACAUUAGAUCAGGCGCCUACCAAGCGACAUCUGGCGUCAAAAAAAAAAUACAAACACCAACAGUUACUGUUAUCUAGCCAACCUGUUAGCCAAUUUGUACCAGAAUAUUUGUACAUAAUUUUGUGUAUAUUGUAUUUAAUUAUGGUAGAUAAAGAUGUUACUCCUGCCGCAUGGUGAGGAUCUUGUUUAGUUGACCAGAAGAACAGUGGUUGAUCGUUAUUUGAACAACUAAGAUCAGCUGCUGAUAGUAGCAGGCGGCCCCGCUUGAAUGAUCAGUAAAGAAGUUCCAUUCGAGGGACGCUAACGCCAUUAUACAUACCAGAAAUAAUCGCGCGAGUGUCGGCGCCAAACAAACUGACCUAAACAAGUUUUAUAUUUCUCUUUUUCUACCAUGAUGUAAUCUUAAGUAUUAGUAUUGUAAAUGUUAGAUUAGAGAAUCUCAUUGAUACAGUAUCUUUGUGUAAUUAUUUUAAAGAUCCCUCCAUAAUGUUUUAAACUGUAACGUCUCAAAAUGCUAUAUUUUGUAAUUAAUGUUGUAGAUAGGAUUAUGGGCAUUAAAUAGAUCGAAUUAUUGUGUAUGGAAAGUAACUUAAAAGUUGAAUACAUAUCGAUUUUUUCUUCUGUGCAAUAUAUUUUUAAAAUACAAAUAUCCUGAGGCUUUUAGAGCAGUCUGCUUGUAACUCAUGAGAAUAACAACUAUUUUCUUGAGAACUGUAUAACAAGCAUACAUCAGAUUAUUUAAAAACUAUUUGGUGCCAAAAAUGUUCCAAAUUAUAUUCCAUAAUAAAUAAUGUAGAUAUAAUAUUGGCAUUCAUGUUAGCGUGUAAUUAAAAUGUGUAGUCAUUGUCUGAUUGUUUGACUACA